AAAAGACUAUGGAUAGAGAUGUGUGUGCUGAUAAUGGUGUUGUGUUGUGCCUGUGACAGAGUCCUGGUGGGAUGUGUAUCAGCACACUGUAAGAUCACGGGUGAUGGAGCCAAGUCCUUCCUUCUCCUGCUGGGGGCGCUUCUGUGGGGUAUCCACGGCGACCAUCACUACGGCAUUCAGGCCCGCCGCAUGGCUCACAUUCUGCUUUCCUUCCAGGCGCUCGUUUUGGAUGGCAUGAUCGGGCAGGGCCUCGCCCCUCGCGCCCUGUCCCUUCUCCAGGACCCCGCCCACCUGCGCCCGCUCACGGACGCCUACUUCCGGGGAAAGACGGCGAGCUCCCACUGGGGGUUCCUGAGCCAGACGGCCUGCGAGUUCUACCGCAGGUGGCGGUGUGAGCAGGACUGCACCGGCGUGACCCUGAUCGCCCGCCACUUCGCCGCGCUCCACACGCCCGUGCCAGGCCUGCCCGUGAGCCGGUCCCGGGUCCUCCAGGGCCUGGUGAUCCACAGAGACUUUGCGGUGCGUUGCCCUGGCGACGGGCCGCUCCGAGCGCUGGCCACAAGCGUGCCGCUCCAGUCCCCUCUGGCGCCCCCUGGCGUCUCUCUGAACCUGGCGAGCGCGGCGCAGGCGCAGAGGUGCUGCGGCGGGGUGGGCGGGAGGGCAGAGCGGGGCGUGGCCUGCCUGCGCAGGCUGAGGGUGGGGCUGCUGCUCUCGGCAGCGAAGCAGUCGGAGCUGGCGCUGGACCUCGCUCGGCGGGCCGGCCUGUCCGUGGUGGAGUGCGUGGACAGUGACGAGCUGGCGCUGUUCUGUCGGCUGGCGGGGGCGGAGCUCUUUGCCGACCCCGGUGACUGGAGCCUGAUUGGAGAGGAGCACGUUGCCACGGUGACAUUCUGCAAGCCCGUGGUGCUGGGUCCCGACAGGUUGGCCCACGUGGGCUUCCCAGAGGGGCGGGGCUUGGCACCGCACUGCCUGGUUCUGUGCGGGCCCAGUCCCGGCCUGGCGGAGCAGUGCAGCACGGCCUUCUGCGGACUGUUCCGGAUGCUUCAGCGCGUGUACGAGCCUGUCCUGUCGCGUCACGCACAGGGUCCUGUCCAAUCACAUCACCCGCAGGGCAGGGAGGAGGACAGUGAGAACGUAGCUCAUUACAUGGUCAAACAACCCGGCCUACACAAUGGCACAAGGUUAGAUAGAGCACCCGCCAGCAUGAGGGACAAUGCCCACCUGAGCACUGACAGCACAGAGGCUGGAGGGCCACAGGCCAUUAUUGGGGACCCAAACAGGGGUGAGGGGCCACAGGUCGUCAUUAGCGACCCAAACAGGGGUGAGGGGCCACAGGCCCUCAUUAGUGACUCAAACAGGGGUGAGGGGCCACAGGUCAGCAUUAGGGACCCAAACAGGGGUGAGGGGCCACAGGCCCUUAUUAGGGACCCAAACAGGGGUGAGGGGCCACUAUGUGCAGAACCUGAACAUCCAAUUCCAGACUGGCUACGAAAUGGCAAGGCAUCAGGAGAGCGGCCAGGCGUCCAUUUUGGGGAAGGGAAAGAAGGAGCAUUGGGGAGCCGUAACCGAGAAACAGGCCCCGCCUCUUCAGGUGUCCUAAUAGAGGCAGGCAGCGUGCUACCAGCAGGGGGCGCGUUUGAGUUCGUACUGCACCACUGCCUCCUGCAGCAGGCCUCCCAGCGGAGCUGCCCCGACCUGCGCGCGGCCUUCCGGCUGGUGGCGGGGGCCGUACUGAGCGUGCCCAGGCGGCUGUACCCCGGCCCACGCUUCCUGGAUGCCCAGUCACACUUCCUCAGGGCCUCUGGGGCCGCCCCCCCCCAGCUGGAGGGUUCGGGGGCUGGAGUCCCUGGCCUGUAAAUAGCUCCUCCUCUCCGUCCUGCACACUGCGUCAAGCCUGCUGUCCGUGGACCUCAUCCUUCACAUCCACAUCCGCAGCCAGGCGGAACACAGCCAGGAGGAGGAAGAGGAGGCAGAACAGUAGAAAUGUUCUGUCAAUCCUGUUUUUCAUUAUGCACAAAUUUGAAUGGCUGUAUGUAUUUAUACAAGUUCCAGGUCCUCCCAUGUGAUAGUAUAUUCAUACCUUAAGUAUGUGAAAUUGGGGUGGCAGGUAUGCCAUCCUGCAAAGUUACGUGUUGGUGGGGUGGCAUGCCCCAUACAUAUACAGCACCGAGAGUUU